AUAAAUUGAUCGUGAGGGAACAUAUUCACGGAAAGAGAUAAACGUGAGUCACGGAGAGGGGUAUCCUGAGGGCUUAGGUGGACCCUAUCGCAUCGCCCUUUCGUCAGAAUUACCGAUAACGGGCCGUGUGUGUGUGCGAUUUCGGUACUUAAUGUAAUGAUUUAUUGUCAAGAAGGAUCGUCCUGUCGUAUGCCGUUCUAGCGGCAAUUUUCACGUUGCCACCAGGGAGCCAUCUGUCUCUAUUUCGAGGUCCAUUUCAUACUCCAGUAGGCAGUGUGUGACCGAAUAAGGCCUGGUAUUCGAGAAUUCUUCGCUCAAUUGAUUUACAGCAUCUUCGAAAUUAAUGGGAAGCUUAUGUAAUGCUCACCUGAAAGUUCCAGCUGCAAAUGAGCCAGAAAUGUCCAUGUGCUCCCAAAGUGACAUCUGAGGAGGUAUUUAGUUCAGCUGACAGAUGUCCAAAAAGGAAUUCUUGUACGGACACUUCGGGGAAGAGGAACCAACUGGUUAAAUCCCCGUGGCCACCAAUUGUCUGAAGCGGUCUUCUUUAUCUUCUUCAAGGGUAGCUUCCAAUUUGGUGAUUAAGUUUGGGAGCUUUCAGAAACAAUAGGAUAAAAAGAAGUUUUUUAGAAGUUUCUUUUUCUUACCUGCAAAGUGAUAGAAAAAAGCUUUUCGUUUUUGGAAACAGCUGAAAUUUCUUUGAAAAGCCUUACAUCUUAGUUUAGCAGAGGUAUUCGAUACAAUUUUUUUACGUGCAGUAUUGAUGGGACUUCGAAGACUCGAGAUAAUUAUUCUUUUCCUACUUUAUGCGAAGCAAAAGAAAAAAGAUUCUCGUCUUCUUCUAGUGUGAUAUGAAAUAUUUUUUCGUUACUGUGAAAUAGAAAUAAAGUUAGAUAUACUAUUUAGAGAAACUAUUUUUUCUCUCUUUGGACAUAAAAGUAUUAUAUAUAUAGGGCUGUUGAUGGAAGUCAAUUUGUAUAAGAUAUUUAUAGAAAGAAAGUGCUUCAGCUGCUGAUUUUUGUUUAGUACUUCUACAUAUCACUUCGUCGAAAUGAAGGACCAAAUUAAAGUCGUAAUACUCUUCCUAACUCUACUUUUGCAUUUUAAACGGAUAUGUGCCAUGAAUUACAUGGCACCUAGUGAUUGCCAAUGGACUACAAUGAAAAGUAAUACAUUAGAGCCAAGUGUAAUAUUAACUUGUCACGUGAGCGGCGUAGGCACUUCAAUAGACAGUACGAACUUGAGCCUUAUACAGUCAUCUCACACAACUGGGUUGACUAUUAUCUGUGAUGAUCGAUACGUUGAAGGGCGCCUUACAAACAGUUCCUUAGCGCAUCUCAAACAAUUGCAGUCUCUGAGGUUUGAACGCUGCUCUUUUUCCGAAUUAGCUGACGAUGCUUUAUAUGGACUCACGUCACUUAAGAACUUAACGGUGCACACUGGAAAGCUUGAAGGAACUCGAACCACUUUGACCAUCGGGCCGACCACCUUUAUGAAAGUUCGAGAACUCGAGAACCUUGAUCUUGCGAACAACAACAUCAUUAUGCUUCCCGAAUAUCCAUUCUGUGGCCUUAUUAAUCUUAAGCUUUUGAAUCUCAGUGGAAAUGGCUUGCAGGAUGCAAAACUUCUUGGCCUGGAGGAACGCAAGCUGUUCCCUUGCAUUCCAGAACUGCAGAUGUUAGAUUUAUCCCACAACCGCUUGAAAUAUCUUACAGAUGAAGUGCUUUCGUCCUUAAGAAGACUGAGAAAUAUAUCUUUCAGUGACAAUCAUAUUUCUCAAAUGUCACCUUAUGCUUUGAUAGGACUACAAAGGCUCCAAUUUAUUGAUCUGUCCAAUAACAAACUAAGUGAAUUCCAUCCACACUUUUUCCACCAUUCCACAGAACUCCGUGAAAUAUUACUCCGGAACAAUUCCAUAGCUGGUUUCCCCUCCGCUUUGUUCCGAUCCCUGUCCCAACUCUCUCAUCUAGAUGUGUCCUAUAACAUUAUUUUCGAUUUACAUUUCCUUCUAGACUCCUUCAAGAAUCCUAAUAAACUAAAUGUGCUAAAUCUUAGUUACAACAGAGUGAGAAGGAUAGAAGGAACGCCAUUUCAGACUCUUGUAAACUUGCAUGUUCUAAAUCUGAAAGAUAAUUACAUAGAGUACAUAGCGGAAAAAGCUUUGUCUCAUUUAAUAAGUCUUACAGACCUAGACUUAACUAAUAACAAGCUUAGACUGAUCGAGGCUGAAACAUUUUAUGGCUUACUAAAUCUGAAACAGCUAUUAUUAACCAAUAACCACAUGGAACUAAUUCAUUCGGAUGCAUUCACGAAUCUUACACAUCUACAUUCCUUAAGCCUAAAAAACAACAGUUUGACAUCAUUCCCAAUCGCUAUAAACAAGAUGGAAUUUCUACACGAUUUAGAUUUAUCCAUGAAUUCUUUAUCGAAUGUUACCAAUGAUACUUUAGAAAAUUUGAAGACCCUUCAUACUUUAAACAUGAAGAACAAUUUCAUCGGAAAUUUAAGUCGGGGUACCCUUCGUGACCAAUACUCGUUACGUGUGCUGGAUCUUUCAAAAAACAGGAUACAAUCUUUGGAGCAUGGUAUAUUUGAUGAUGCAAUUGAGUUGGAACAUAUUGAAUUAAAUGAUAAUCUUCUAACUGACAUAAAUGGUUUAUUUAUGAACCUACAAAGUUUAAAGUCACUAAAUGUCUCUCGAAAUAACAUAACAUGGUUCGAUUAUGCACUGGUACCUACUGGUCUUAUUACAUUGGAUAUGCAUUCUAAUUUUAUUGACAGUCUCGGUAAUUACUUUGAAAUGGAAAGUGUUCUUAAACUCAAAUUCAUGGAUGCUUCUUUUAAUAGAAUACAAGAAAUUAACGCAGCUUCUUUUCCAAAUGCUUUGGAAAUAGCUUCUUUGCGAAACAAUUCUUUGAACAUAAUAAAUUCUUUCACAUUUAUGAGCAAAACCAACUUGUCUUCGAUGGAUCUACGUAAUAAUAAUAUUCAAAACUUAGAUAUCAAUGCUUUGCGACUACGAAGUGUUCCGAUUCAGAAAAUGUUGCCCGUAUUUUAUUUAUCGGAAAAUCCACUGCAUUGCGACUGCACCAUGGAAUGGCUGCAGCGCAUAAAUAAUCUGGAUGAAAUGAGGCAGUACCCCCAUAUCGCCGAUUUAGAUGAUGUUUUGUGCUACAUGACGUUUCCACGUCAAAAUGUUUUGAUUCCGAUUACAAAAGCCAAGUCGAAUGAAUUCUUAUGCAAAUACAGAAGCCAUUGUUUCGCCCUCUGCCACUGCUGUGAAUUCGAUGCUUGUGAUUGUGAGAUGGUUUGCCCUGAAAAUUGCACUUGUUAUUCUGAUCAAACUUGGAAUACUAAUAUUGUUGAUUGUAGUUCCAGAAGGUACUCCCGCGUUCCAGCUCGAAUCCCCAUGGAUGUGACGGAUUUGUAUUUAGAUGGAAAUGACAUGAGCCAAGUUGGCAGUCAUUCCUUUAUCGGACGCAAGAACAUGAAAGUGCUUCACAUGAAUGGCAGCAAUAUACAUGCGAUUCGAAAUAGAACGUUUAACGGAUUACAAAAUUUGCAGUCCCUGCAUCUGGAACACAAUUACAUAUCGGUCAUCCAAGGUCAUGAAUUCCUUAAUCUCACAAAACUGCAAGAAUUGUAUCUGUCCUAUAACCGUUUGUCAGUCAUCAAUAAUUCCAGUUUUACACACAUGAAAUUCUUAAAAGUUCUAUACCUGGAUCACAACAAUCUUGUUGAUUUUCAGGUAUGGAAUCUCAACUUCAAUCAUCGUCUUUCUCAAGUGCAGCUUGGGCACAAUAGUUGGACGUGCUCUUGCGACUAUUUAGGAAAUUUCCAGGACUGGCUCCUAGUUUCUGGAUCUUUCGUACUAGAUCGUGAAGAUGUGAGAUGCUACAAGAACCAUUCGGCUGGCUUGUAUGUGACGGAAUUCAAUUCCACCGCUUGUUCCAAUCACAGUGCUUUAACCUAUUACAAAGCUGAAUUUUCGGGUGAUUACAUACCUGUCAUGAUAUUAGCUCCAUCCUUAUUUAUUCUACUAGUCUUCUGUUUGAUUCUAUUCUUCAUCUACAACAGUGAGAUGAAAAUAUGGUUUUACAGCCGUUACGGUAUACGAUUAUUUCAGCGGAAUAACUACCCCGCUGAGAAUGAAAAACUAUUCGACGCAUUUUUGUCCUAUUGCAAGAAAGAUGAAGCUUUUGUGUCACAAAUGCUUGCUCCUGAGCUUGAAGAUGGUACUUAUCCGCACAGACUGUGUUUACGAUACAGAGAUUUACCGAUGGCUGAGUACGUUGCUGAAGCCAUUUCGGAAGCAAUUGAGUGCAGCCGCUGUACGGUUGCUGUAAUAUCUGAGCAAUAUCUGAAGAGUGAAUGGUGCAUAUACGAGUUGAAAGCUGCACACCAUGAGACUCAGAUUAACCGGCGUCAUCGAGUCAUUGUGGUUCUUCUGGACAAAAUCAGUUUCAAGCAGCUGGAACCGGAUGUCCGGAUCUGCUUGAGAUCUGCUACGCUAGUUCAUUGGGGUGAUAGGAGGUUUUGGGAAAAGCUUCGGUUUGCAAUGCCUGAAGCUAGACUUCACAAAGACAGUGUCAGUUGCAAGGAUUUUAAAACUUCCUCGCUCCGAAGAUCCUCGAUUACGAAUUCUGUAAAAUUGGUGUGAUGUGAUGGGACCGUAUAGGGUUCAACUUAACAUGCCUGUGAUAUACAUAAAUAGAGAAGAACUGACCAGACUCUCUACCCGUGAAAUUUCAUAAGAAAAAAUUGUUAUUUUGUUUAGACUUCCAAUUUUUGUUUUGUGUCAACUUUGUAAGAUUGAAUGUUUCCAUAAAAAGGGUGUUUUUGUUUCUGCUUUUUCCGUAACUUUUUGUAAUCCUUCCAAUGGUGAACUUUAAUACCUGUUCCCAGUUAAAAGAACUGGGUACUUUUUGUGGAACGCGUAUUCAAAUGAAAUAGUUAUAUUGUAACUGGUAUACUGCGUCUCUUCUUAUAGGAAAGAAAUUGUAUAGCCUAUUUAUCCUAGAAAUCGUCUGUGUAUAAUAAGCAAAUGCGUAUUAUGAGAAUUUUGUUUUAUAAAUAAAAAUGUCAUGAAUAAAAA